GGAGUGCAUGUGAGCCGGUGUAACAGAGAAUUCUGAGACCCUUCAGAUUCUGUGAUGCUGGAGGUGCAGGGGAAAGACGAGUUUGUCUUUCAAACAGGUGUUACCAUUAGGGAAGCAGUGGUCCAAAGGUCAGUGAUGACAACCCACUCCCACUGUAGUUUACAACCUUCACUCACUCCAGGACGCAGAGCACACAGAUCAGCAACAAGAUGAAGCACCUGCUGAUUUUUGGGAUUGCUUUUGCUGCAUUUCACAUUGGCCAAUCACGAAUUCCAGAUUUCUGCUUGAAUCCUUCCAAUCCUGGAACAGGGCCCACCUUCCACUUUGCUCUGUUCUAUGAUGCCGCCAACAGCCGGUGCUCUCCUUUCCAGUAUACUGGCGAAGGAGGAAACGGCAACCAUUUUGUAAAUGAAAGAGAGUGCAUGAGAAACUGCUCUGAUAAUUCAGAGGAUACCUACCCCAUGGAUGCAUCCAAGGCUUGCCACUUCAAACAUCUAAAAGGUGGUUGUGGUGGUUCGUAUUUGAGAUACUACUAUGAUUCUAUUCAUGGCAAGUGCAAAAAAUUCCUCUGGACUGGAUGCUUUGGAAACGGAAACAGGUUUUUCGACAUGGGGACCUGCAAUGCCACCUGUGACGGCAUCCACGAUGAAGGUGAUGAACUGGAAGAGGAGGAGCCGGACACUCCCAUUGCAAUCAUCUGUGGAGUUUUGCUCAGCCUCAUUGUUGUCGCUGUCUUUGGAACAGUGAUUGCAUUGACUAUCAAGUCAAAGAAAAAGGGCUCCAAGAAGUCAGGAGGGAAAAACAAAGACGUCCAGUCUGAAUCACCUCUUCAGGAUGAACAGAGGAUUGAGAUGUCAUAGAGAAGUGUAUCACCUUGAUAGGAUCAUGUGGAGUUUUUACCACUUUGGUUUUGUAUUAUAAUUCUGCUCGUCCUCAUAAAGAACAUAAAUGAAUGAAUUAGAUUAGAUUUUGUACUGACCUGUGUAAGGGCAACUUUUGUUUAAUGUUGUACUUGGUUUCAACUUUACAACAUGUGCAAAGUGAAGUUUCUUAAGUUGUAUUUGUAUGCCUGUAGACUGAUCCAUAACUGUCACUGUACAACCUAAACUUAGUCUGACUUGUCAAACUGUGAUUGAAAAGAAACCAUAGCUAAAGCAAUAAAAGUCAUUUUUAACACAAAAA